GCUGCGCUAGAACUUUGUUGUCACCGGAAAAAAAUCUCAUGCAGUGAAAGUUAGUCAAAUCUCAAAGCUUGUGCUGUGAACACGAUUAUUUGGAAUAGAAAAAAUAUAUACUUCAGUCAUAUUUUCAACUGCUUUUUGAAUUUUGUUUCGUUUCGUGUGAAAGGAGAAACUGCUCAAGAAGUUGCAAGUCAACCUUGCUCCUUUACCUAUAUUUUUUAUUGUUGUUUUCGAGUUGAACGAAAAAAUGAUAUCGCCGGAGCAGCAUGAGGUUGAUUUGGUGCUGGAUCGCCAAGUGCGUCAAAAUAUACAGGACAUGAUGCGCGAGGCGGAUGUACAAGCGAAUCUUCUAGAAAGUGAAGCUGUGGCAGCACGUGAACGAUAUAAUUCCGAGUCGAGCAAUGAACAGGAUCAUUUGCAACACGAUGCGAUGGGAGUGCUGGGCACGCUAUCCGCCGACGAGAUUGUCGAGGAGGAUCACGACUCUGAACAGGCAGGGCACGAGAUACAAAACUAUCAUGACAUGCUCGUGGAUUCUCAGAUCGACAUCAACGGGUCACUGCGCAAGCGUCGCGGCAAUUUACCCAAGCAUUCGGUGAAGAUCUUAAAGCGUUGGCUCUACGAACAUCGUUACAAUGCGUAUCCCAGUGAUGCCGAGAAGUUUUCGCUGUCCCAAGAGGCGAACCUGACAGUGUUGCAGGUCUGCAAUUGGUUCAUCAAUGCGCGACGACGAAUUCUGCCCGAAAUGAUACGACGCGAAGGCAACGAUCCAUUGCACUUUACAAUCUCGAGGCGCGGCAAGAAGAUUAGUCCCAAUACCUCAGGCACCAUUAGCAUGCCAAGUGGAGGCACACCCAAUCCUAUAACAGGCAGUCCUGCUUCUGAAGUGAUUGUUGGAGCUACCGAGGAGGUUCAUAGUGCAGCCGAAAUGCACGAGGGCAUCGCCAAUGUGUUGACCAAUUUUGAUCAGUAUGUGCGCACACCGAGUGGCCAAAUGAUGAAAAUGGAGCCAGAGUACGAUGAGAGCGUCAUUUAUAGUUGGCAACAAGCAAUUGCCAACAAUCCGCUAAAAUUUCAACAGCUACAUGCCUCGCUGCGAGCCACCAUUAUUGAAAAGAUACAAAGCUUUAAAUUACGCAAGUCCGGUGUCGAGGAUGUGAGCCAGAGCUGUAGUUCAAUCGCCAACAGCAGCUGCAGUAGUAGUAGCUACUUAAAUGAAGCUAGUGAAUCGGUUAACCCAUCGAUAGACUUAGAAAAAGAAAGACUCAAGAAAGGCGGGCGCAAGCGACAAAGCGAAGAGAAGAACGAGGCGAUUAUCCCAGAGAAAGUUCUUAGACUGAAUGUUCAAAACGAAGAUGGGCGAGAACAGCAAUCAGAAAAGCAAGAUUUUCAAAUGCUUAGAUCUGAGGGCGAAGAUAGCGCCCAGGAUUAUGAAUCGUGCGAACAGGGCAGCGAAGAAGAAGUACGUUUCGAGACCUCAGAUGAUUGGCAAAGUGUCAUCAAGACCGUUUUCACUACUGAAGAAGUGACAACCACAAAGAAGAGUACCAAUGCCAAUGUAUCCAAUCAAAUAACAAAGACUGAAGGCAAUCAGAAUUUGUUAGAUCAUAUAUUGGGCGCCGAGGCAACCGUUAUGACCACUGCCGACGAAGCUGAUGUUCCAAGUGUGCAGCAGGAACAAACCUCAAUAAUGACUGAAAGCAUACAACAACCGCAGACUCCUCCACGACCAGCUCUAACUCGUGAGGAGCGAGAAAAAUUCAAAUGCUUUUAUUAUCUUGUGGAAACAGCAGUGGCAGUGCGUCAAAACGAUUGCGAUCAAGAUGACGAUUUAUCCUACAUGGGCCACUAUUUAAAUAACUAAUCAAACAUAGGAUUGUACAUACAUAUAUAUUUAUUGGAAAUGUUUAACAGCAAUCGUUGUUCAAAUGAUGGACAAUUACAAACCGGGAGGAUUUUCAAAUGGAAUCUGAAGAACUCUAACCUCAUUUGCAACAAUUAGAUGAAUUGGAUUAUGCGAUAUACUGCAAGUUUUAGAUGAAUUUGAUUUAUGAGAAUUUCUGCAAGUUUGGCAGUUUAGAUCGUAUACUAUUACUAAGUAGCUUUGUAUUCUAGUGCGACAAUUGAAUUGCCGAUAAUAAAUUAUAUCUACGCUUAAGCCUUUGUAUGGUAA